UGGCACAGUGCCUCCUCCGCCUUGUGGCUCCUCGGAACAGCACACACCUCAGCACUUUUAGCUUUCCUGUAACAAAGGUCCCGUCGGCAGCCAUGACGACCACCGUCACGACCGGAGUGUUGGCAGGGACAGCAGGCGGCGCAGGACUCGCCGGUCUGGCCGUCGCAGGAGCUGUAGGUUUGGGUGUCCUGGGCUUGGCCGCCCUCGCUUCUAGAGGCGGAGGACGUGGGAAUGGCGGAGGCAGGAGGAAGGGGCAUCGCCGAGGGCGUCGUUCUUCCGUGGAGAACGCCGACGACUGGAGGAUGCAGAACGCCCUCGAAUUGGUGCGAGCGGAGGACGUGACAGGAUGCGGCAUGAGGCUGGUGUGCGAACUGGCCGGCCAGGAGGAGGAGGACCUGGUGCAGGAGGAACUGGCCAUCCUGGCACUGCUCGGACCCGACGUGAAGCCCGGGGAGGGAGUCCUUCCCCCCGGGGGCGCCAGGGGAGAGUACCUGCAGGCCAGGAGCUUUGGCGGGCGAGGCGGAGACUGCGGCGCCGCUUUCCCCAUGUGUCCACUCAACGGCACACAGCUCAUGGACACCGUCAUGGCUUACCUCCCAUGAGGUACAACUCCCACGUCCCCUCUCUGUACACAGAGCAUUUUUUCUUUCUUUCUUUCUUUCUCUCUCUCUCUCUUUCUUCUAAAUUGCUAUUAAGGGUGUCCUCUAUGUUUUUUUUCUAUAAAAAAAAAAAAAUGGUGUGGCAUUGAUUGUGAAAGAGACAAAUAAACAGUGAUGCUGGUUUGAUGUGACAUUUUAUUUCACUCUUUGAAAACACAGGAAGCAAUUAUACUUCCAUCUAAA